UCGCUGUACUUGUUCCACGAGCGCUCACGCGUGCGCAAGCGCGCUUGGCGAAUCAUCCGGCACCCGUACUUCGACAAGGUCGUCAUGGCCGCGAUCGCGGUCAACUGCGUCUUGCUCGCGAUGUACGACCCGACGGCGCCGGACGAUUCGUCGUGGAACGCGUCGCUGGCGUACGCGGAGCACUUCUUCAGCGCGUUUUUCCUCGGCGAAUUCUUCGUGCAGAUCGUCGCGCGAAACUUCUUCAUCGGCCCGGGGGCGUACCUCCACAACCCGUGGUUCCGUUUAGACUUCGUCAUCGUCGUCUCGGGAACGAUGACGCUCGUGAUGUUCAUGAUCGGCGCGUCGGGGGGAGGGAACGUGAGCGGGAUGCGGACGUUGCGAGCGCUGAAGCCGCUGCGAACCAUCUCCGUGUUUCCCGGGAUGCGCGUGCAGGUUGCGACGAUACUCGACAGCAUGCCGUUCAUAGGGAGCGCGAUGGUGCUGCUCGGGUGGCUGUACGUCGUAUACGGCGUCGUCGGCGUGUAUUUGUACGCGGGGAAGCUCACGAGUCGUUGCUACGCGCCGGAGAGCGACGUCGCGAUCGCGGAAGAGGCGAACCUGCCGUGCGGCGGCGCGGGCGGCGCGCGGAGCUGCGCGACGAGCGAAGUCUGCGUCGCGUCGAAGGGUGACUACCCCAACUACGGGUUCACGAACUUCGACGACAUCGCGUGGGCGUCGCUGACGACGUUCCAGACGCUCACGAUGCGCGGGUGGAGCGACGUCAUGGACCAGCUCGAGGCGGCGACGGGGUCGCUCGUCGCGACGAAGAUGUAUUUCAUAACGCUCAUCGUCUUCGGGAGCUUCUUCGCGCUGUCGUUGGUCACCGCGGUGAUCAUCGCGCAGUACGUUCGACAGAGUAAGCUGGACGAGAAGACGUCCGGGGUGGAGGGCGCCGGCGGGAUUCUGAACUCGCCGUGGUUCCGGCGCCUCAAGCGGAAGCCGUGGUUCGUCCGCGCGAAGCGGUACCUGCAGACGCCGUGGGGAUGGCAAAAGCCGACGCGACGGUUCGUCGAGCACCCGAGAUUCAACACCGCGAUCACGUUCUUGAUCCUCGUGAACACCGCGACGCUGGCGUCGUACCACCACGGCAUGGACGAGGGCAUGAGGGACACGCUGGAGACGACGAACGUGCUCUUAAACGUCGCGUUCGCGAUCGAGAUGGUACUCAAGCUCGGCGGUCUCGGGUUGAUCGAUUACUUCGGCGACAAGUUCAACGUGUUCGAUUUCGUGAUCGUGAUCGUCGGCAUUCUAGAGAUGGCGUUACAGAACGGCGGCCUCACGGUCCUUCGCGCGUUCCGCCUCGUGCGCGUGUUGCGUUCGAUUCGCAUUCUUCGGACGUAUAAAAGAAUGAAGGUGCUCAUGGAAAACGUCGCCAAGGGUCUGGGCACGAUGUUUUGGUUCUCCGCGGUCUUACUCCUCUUCGUGUUCAUAUUUAGCGUGUUAGGGAUGCAACUCUUCGGCGGCACGGCCGGGUUCGAGGACGCGCGGAACAACUUCGACGACCUCGGGAGCGCGUCGCUCGCGGUGUUCAGCAUGCUCACCGCCGACGGUUGGCACCUCACGAUGUGGCGCGGGAUGUCCGGCGCCGGGAGCGCCACCGCGCUGUACUUCGUGUCGUGGAUGAUGCUCGGGCACUACGUCUUCGUCGCGCUGUUCCUCGCGAUGAUCGUGUACGGGUUCUCUCAAGAGACCGAGGACGAACGAGUCGCGAGGGAGGAGAGAGAGCGGCUGCAGAAGGAGGCGAUGUACGGACCCGACGGAGAGAAGAAGAAACUCGCGCGCGAACGCGAGCGAAAGAAGCGGUUCGAAGAGCGGCUGAAAGCGAGAGGGAUGACGCGCGCGAGCGUCGGACGCCGCGACGGGCUCGACGGGAGCGUUUUGUCCGACGACGACAAACGCCGCCUCGACGGCGUUCCAGACCGCGACGUCGUCGUCUCCGCGCCGAUGAAGACGGCGAAACGGCCGGAGCACAAGAUCACGAAGGACGUCGUCGAGGCGCAGAUUUUCGGCUCGGAGCCGCCGCCGGUGUUCAUGAAGCACUCGUCCUUGUUCGUGUUUAAACCCCAAAGCGCGUUCAGAAGAGUCGUGUUCAUGGUCGCGAACGAUAAGCGCUUCGAGGCGAUCAUCUUGACGCUGAUAUUCUUGAGCGCCGUCGCGCUCGCGAUCGAAGACCCUUCUGUCGAGGAGACGUCCGCGCUCGGAACGGUGCUGUUCAACCUCGACGUCGCGUUCACGACCGUGUUCGUGGUCGAGAUGUUCAGUCGCAUCAUCGCGCAAGGGUUGAUCAUGCACGAGGGCGCGUACUUGAGGGUCGGGUGGAACGUGCUCGACGGCGUCAUCGUCGUCAUGUCCGUCGUCGCGAUCCUUCUCAGGGGGAGCAACCUGAGCAUCGUUCGGAGUUUCCGGACGCUGCGCGCGUUGCGGCCGCUGCGAAUGGUGCGCCGGCUGCGAUCGAUGCAGCUCCUGAUGGCGACGCUGCUGCAGUGCGCGCCGCAGAUUGGCAACGUCAUGCUCCUCGGUCUGUUCGAGUUUGUCAUCUUCGGCAUCCUCGGCGUGCAGCUCUUCGGCGGGAAGUUUUGGCGGUGCACGGACGGCUCCGUCGGGCACGUCGAUCAGUGCUCCGGCGCGUUCAUCGGCGCGGACGGCGUGUCGUCCACGCGCGCGUGGGUGAACCCGGUGUAUAAUUUCGACCACGUCGGGCAAGCGAUGAUGUCUCUGUUCGUGAUCGCGACCAUGGACGGCUGGGUCGAGCUCGCGCACCGAGGCAUGGACGCGCGAGAGGUGGACUUCCAACCGGAGAAGAAUUACGCCCCGGCGAACGUGCUCUUCUUCGUCGCGUUCGUGCUCCUCGGGAGCCUGUUCUGGGUGAACAUUCUCCUCGGCGUGCUCAUCGAUCGGUAUCGACGCAUCGCCGCCGUGGUUGGGGACAUGAAUUUCGUCACCGAGGGGCAGCAACGCUGGGCGGAGGCGCUGAAGAUGAAGCAGAAGCAAAACGAAGUCGUGCACGGCGAAAAGGCGGCGGCGGAGGAGCCGCGGUUUUUCAUCCGCAAGUACCUGUUCCGGUUCGUGAGUCACCGGUACUUCGAGGUUUACAUCCUAUUCUGCAUCGCCGCGAACGUCGCGAUCAUGGCCGCGCAGCACGAGGGGCAGUCGGAGUCGUUCACGUCGUUCGGGGAGACGAUGAACGUGGUCUUCACGGUGAUUUUCAUCUUGGAGUGUUCCUUGAAAGUCGGCGCGUUGACGUUCAAAGGGUACCUGAAAGACCCGUGGAACCGGUUCGACUUCGUCAUCGUGGUGGGGUCUUUACCCGAGCUCGCGGGCGUGGAGAUGGGCCCGGGGACGACGAUCCUGAGGAUAUUCAGGAUGGGUCGUCUGUUCAAGAUUCUCCGAGGCGCGCGGAGCCUGCGCGCGCUGUUCGACUCGCUCCUGCUAACCGCGCCGACGCUCGCGAACGUCGGCGGGCUCCUCUUCCUCGCGAUGUUCAUAUUCGCCGUGUUGGGGAUGAACCUCUUCGGCGAGCUCCCGCACGGGCAGUUCAUCACCGACACGACCAACUUUUCGACGUUUGGAAACUCGCUCAUGACGCUGUUCAAGGUGCUCACGCGCGACGGCUGGAGCAAGAUCAUGGUCGACGCGUUGGACUGCGAGCUCGUGGAGGGGUUCUUAGAGGGCGACUACGCGACGUCGUGCGGCGUGACGUUCACCGCGCCCGCGUUCUUCGUGAUGUUCGUCCUCAUCGCGUCGUUCGUGUUCCUGGGGCUGUUCGUCGCGGUGAUGCUGGACGAGUUC